CUGGGACUUCGGAAAGCCCAUCAGCGCUCCAGAUCCUGAUUGGCUAGAGACUUCUUAAGUAUUCAUGAGGGGGCGGGUUGAGCAGGGCUGCCCUUUGUUAACCAGGGAGGGCGCGGCCGCGGGCAUUCUCGCUGGGGUCUCACCGGGCGCUGUGGCCUUGUCAGAUUUCGGUCGAAAUGUCCUACAUCCCGGGCCAGCCUGUCACCGCCGUAGUGGCCAGUCAGAGUCUUCCUUGAGGCUGUGAGACCAUAGUCCUCCAAUCCUAAUGCCAGGUGCAUGCCUGAACAUAAGCCGGCAGAUCUGCCCUUUCUCACGCUUGGAUUGCUCACGGGGUGGAGAUGCUUCCUUCCCAGUUUUACCCUCUCAGCAAAGAGUUGAAAUCCAUAAGUUGCGUCAAGGUGAGAACUUAAUCCUGGGCUUCAGUAUUGGAGGUGGGAUCGACCAGGACCCUUCCCAGAAUCCCUUCUCGGAAGAUAAAACAGACAAGGGCAUUUAUGUUACACGAGUAUCUGAGGGAGGUCCUGCUGAAAUUGCUGGACUGCAGAUUGGAGACAAGAUCAUGCAGGUGAACGGCUGGGACAUGACCAUGGUCACACACGACCAGGCUCGGAAGCGGCUCACCAAACGCUCGGAGGAGGUGGUACGCCUGCUGGUGACCCGGCAGUCUCUGCAGAAGGCCGUACAGCAGUCCAUGCUGUCUUAGCAGUCAGCCACAGGCUAGACUUGCACCCGCUGACCUUUCUGUACAGUGAGAACACAUCCACGCUCUGUCUAUAUCUAGUUCUGGCUUCUGCUGUGUGCUGGGCCCCAGCUCUGAGGGGUAACAGCUGAUCCCAAAGGUCCAAGCCAACCUUCUUACCCCUCAACCCCCCAGCCUGAGGCCAUGGGACCAGUUCUUUCUCUUGGAGACUGAGGACUGGAAAUAAGGGCCUAGAGUAGUAUCCAGUCUUCAGUAACCACAGGCCCAGCCAGAGACCUGCGGUGGGUUCCGCUACAGCAUGGGCUGGGCAGUCAGGAAACACCUCUGAGAGCUACCAAAGCUUGGAAGGGCCAAGUAGGUUCCUUUUCUCUCAAUUUGCUCUGGUUGAAGGGCUUGGCCCUGCCCUGCCACCUUCUCAGUGCCUCUCCCUAUGCUUCCCUCAUCAUGGUGCCCAGCCUGGGGCUGGACCCAUGUACGCCAGAGACAGUAUGAAGGCCACCUGGAUAAAGAGGGCAGGCCCCCACUCCCUUCAUCCCCCUCACGGGUGCUGGCCUCCCCACAAGUUUCAAGACUGACAUUUCAAGGCAGCUCUCAGAACUGCCAUUUUUCUCUACACCUGUGGGUUAAGCUUUUGUCUUUUUUAAGUCACAACUUUGAUACAAAAGUGUUUUUAUCUUACUGUUUGAAUUUAGCUUACUAAUUCAUACACCUGGAAGCAGCAACUUGUAGCAUGUGACCAAGCCAGUUGGUUACUAUGGAAAUGGGACAGUAUGAUAGUCCAUGUUCAGCACUUGUGUCCAAUAAACAACGCUGGAAUUCA